AUGUCAGACCCGCACGACUAUAUAGUGGGCUGGAUUUGUGCCCUUCGAGUUGAAUAUGUCGCUGCGAUAGCCUUCCUGGACGAAAAACACGAGCCUCCAGAGUUUGUAUCAAUCAAUGAUAAUAACCAUUAUACUCUAGGCAAGAUUGGGAAACAUAGCAGCGUAAUUGCCGUCCUUCCCCACGGAGAAUAUGGUAUAGCUCCUGCUGCUACCGUGGCAAGAGACAUGCUUCAUACCUUUCCCAAUAUUCGGAUUGGCUUGAUGGUUGGUAUCGGCGCCGGCGCGCCCAGUCCGAAGCACGACAUCCGUCUUGGGGAUAUCGUCGUGAGUGCUUCUCACAACGGAAAGCAUGGUGGUGUAUUCAAUUUUGAUCAUGGCAAGGUCAUACAAGAUCAACCAUUUCAAGAGACGGGAUGUCUGAAUCAGGCGCCAAUGAUUUUGCGAGUAGCUAUGCAGGGACUUAGCGCUGAACAUGAGGGCGAAGGGCAUCAGCUUGAACGUGCCAUCAACGAAACCUUGGACAAAAAGCCAAGACUGCGGAAAAAGUAUGGACGGCCCGAUGCAAGCACUGACCGACUGUACCAACCCGAGGUGCUUCACCAACCGAGUGAUGGUCUGAACUGUGACCUUUGCAGUCAAGACCCAUCAAGCUUAAUAUUACGCCCCGAAAGGACCAAUGAAGAGGAUAAUCCGGCAAUACACUACGGUCUCAUCGCAUCAUCGGACAAGCUGAUGAAGGAUGCUACGGUUCGUGAUAAACUUGCGAAGAAAGGUGUCCUUUGCUUCGAAACAGAAGCAGCAGGCCUGGUGAACCACUUUCCGUGUCUGGUUAUUCGUGGCGUCUGCGACUAUGCCGAUACGCACAAGAAUGACGACUGGCAAGGCUACGCAGCGAUGGCGGCUUCUGCAUAUGCCAAGGACCUUCUCAGUCAGAUCCAUCCUAAUAGGGCAGAAGUUGGGAAGAAGAUCAAUGAGAUUUUGUCUGACUUACAGAAAGAGGUCACAGCUACAUCCAGAAAGGCUGACACCAUCAUUCGACACCAUCUGACCCAGCAACACAAAGACGUGUUAGACUGGCUCACACCGACUGAUUAUAGUCUCUUUCAGAGUGACAAUAUUGGGAGACAUCAGCCAGGAACUGGCCAAUGGCUUCUCAAUUCAACGCAGUUUUGUAAUUGGCGGGACAGCCCUAAUCAGACCCUCUUCUGUCCAGGCAUCCCAGGCGCCGGCAAAACAAUUCUCACGUCCAUAGUAAUCGACAGCUUGCAAACACUGUUUGCAGAAAGAAGUGAUGUUGGUAUUGCAUACGUAUAUUGCAAUUUUCGGCGCCAGAAAGAGCAGACGGUCAUAGAGCUUCUUGCUAGCGUUCUAAAGCAACUUCUACAAACCAUGCCAACUUUACCGGAGAGUUUCGAAUCACUCCACAGAGCUGGAUCACGGCCUUCUUUAGAGGUCGUUUCGAGAACCCUCCUGUGCGUUGCUGAACGCUUUUCGAGAGUGUUUGUAGUCAUCGAUGCUCUCGAUGAAUGUCGGACAACUGAUGGUACUGGGGCGAAGUUCCUGAACAAGAUCUUUGAUCUACAAUCAAAAUGCCAAAUCAACAUCUUUGCAACUUCUAGACCAAUACCCGAUCUCAUGCGUCUAUUUACUAAUUGUGUUUCUCUCGAAAUACGUGCUAGAGACGAUGAUGUCCGCAUGUUUGUCCGUGGCCAGAUACCGCAAUUGCCCGAGUUCUUCAGCAAACGAGGACUUGAAGAAGAUAUUACUAGCCAAAUAGUAAAUUCAGUGCAAGGAAUGUUCCUUUUGGCCCAACUACAUCUUGACUCCUUGCGUGACAAGACUUCAGUCGCUGCCGUCCGCAAGGCUCUUAAACAACUACCAAGUGGCUCAGAUGCAUACUAUGACGCAUAUUACAUAGCCAUGGAGCGAGUGACAAGCCAGCAACCAGGCCAUAAGGACUUGGCUAUACAAGUGCUGUCAUGGAUCACCUGCGCAAGGAGACCACUUACCAUCCAAGAACUCCGGCACGCCCUUGCUGUCGAGGUCGGUACUGAAGAGCUUGACAUGGAUGCGUCCCCAGACACUGAUAUCAUAUUGCAAGUCUGUAUUGGGCUCGUUACUGUUGAUAAAAGUGACAGCAUCAUCCGACUGGUCCACUACACUACACAGGAAUACUUUGAUAAGACGCGGGAAACCUGGUUUCCCAAAGCUGAGAGCUACAUAACGACCACCUGUGUUACAUAUCUGAACUUUCGUAUUUUCAAAAUCGGGCCUCCUAUAAAAGACGCAGACUUCAAAGAACCAACUCCGCUGUAUCUCUACGCUGCGAACAACUGGGCUUUCCACGCUCGCAAUGCUGGGGCGAUCUGUGAGGGCGUCGUUGACUUUCUUGAGUCAGCUCCAAAUGUAGCAUCCUCAGCCCAAGUAUGUAUGAGACCCGAGUUGGCUAUAUGGACAUCUAAGAAAGAUAAAGGUGUCGACAGGAGGGCAAGGGGGCUACAUCUUGCAGCCUUCUUUGGGGCCAUAGCGGAAACACGAGUUUUACUGUCUACGAAUGAUGUUGAACUGAAGGAUGGCUACGGUCGAACAGCAAUAUUCUAUGCAGCUCGAACUGGCCAAGAGGCUGUCAUGAGCCUGCUUCUCGACGGUGGUGCAAAGGCUGACUUGCAGGACAAUGGGGGGAAUACUCCGCUAUCGCUGGCAGCUGCUUAUGGUCACGAAGAAUGUACGAGACUGUUACUUGCGAACAACGUCAAGACAGAUACCCCCGACUGUCUCCGGAGGACCCCACUAGUAUAUGCGUCUGAAAAUGGACAUGACGGUGUGAUUUGUCUACUUCUUGAAGCAGGUGCCGAUGUAAAUUGGGAUCUUGAUGAGCCCUACACGGCUCUAUGGCAUGCGGUAGCCAGGCAUCGCAUCACCACAGUCCAACUACUGCUCGAAAAUGGGGCCAAUACCCACUUCAAGUCUAUAUGUCGGAUCACGUCGCCACUGUCAGAAGCCUCCGAAUGGGGGGACAUGGCAAUGGUCAAGCUGCUUCUCGAGUACGGGGCUCAAGUCGACUCAAACGAGCGUGACGGCCAUACACCACUAGAAAAUGCAGCCCGCUAUUACCACAUUCCCAUACUUCUGCUACUUCUCCAUCAUGGCAAGAGCAUCGACCUGAAAGAUCUCCGCCGAGAGACGCGAAAAUCGCCUUAUGCUGAACAUGGAGAUCCGGAAAUUGUCAAGGUUCUUCUUGAGAAUAGCAGGAAGUUUCUAUUGAAAAAUAGCUCCGACCGCGUUGAACUGGUAUGUGCAGUCGAUCGAGCCCUUGAGGAGGUUUCCGAUAACCUGCAAAGAUUGCUUGAGCCUCCAGGUCCACCCAGCAAAGCUCCCUGCCUCGCGUUUUCCGACGCUGUCCCAGAAGGAAGAUUUAAGUGGAAAUCUCUCCUUGCAGAUAUCUCCACCUAUCAUAAGGAAUUGUUAAGUCUCAAGCGGCCACUUCAGGAUAAUGGUACAUUGUCUACCAGUAUUCCCUGA